AUGGUGAAACCAAAGGAACAUUUUCACAUCCUGAAGUCUUCAUCUUUGUAUUUGUUUUCGUAUUUGUGUUUGUGUUCUGAUGACCGGGUUGGAUGGAGAGAAUUUUCAUUAUUAAUUGUCCUUUUGGUGAUAUUAUGUUUUUGCACUAACAUCAAACUUCUCAUCUCCUCUCCUCCUUCAGCCUCAGAUGCCUCCUCAUCUUCCUCCUCCUCCUCAUCGCCUAGUCUCGGAGGGUUCGUGGGCUUCAUUUUCACCCAGGAGCCUCAGGACACAGUGACGGUGCGCGGGGGCCUGCUGCAGCUUGACUGCCAGGCGCAGUCUGAUGCAAUGGUGGGACCUCCCACCAUCACAUGGCGUAAGGAUGGCGUGCUGCUGAGCACAGUGGUGGACGACCGGCGGCAGCAACUGGCUAACGGAUCACUGCUGGUGCAGAAUGUUGUGCACUCGCGGCACCACCGACCUGAUGAGGGCGAAUACCAGUGCCUCGCUACGCUGGACGGACUUGGCAGUAUUGUAAGCCGGACCGCCAAGGUCACUGUGGCCGGUCCGCUUAAGGUGGUUGUCCCCACUGAGUCUGUCUCUUCGUACCUCGGUGACACCGCCCUGCUGCGUUGUGAGGUCUCAGGCGACCCAACGCCAGUCAUCCGCUGGCAGAAGAACCGGGAGGACCUGCCAUUGACCUAUGACACCGACUCUCGCCUAGCAGUGCUACCAUCUGGCUCGUUACAGGUCAGCCGUGUCCAGCCACCAGAUUCAGCCACAUACCGCUGUCUGGCCGACAACCCUGGCAGCACCAGGACGGGGACGGACGCAGAGCUUCGAGUGCUCCCAGAGCCUGGGGUGAGCAGGAACCUCCAGUUCCUCCAGCGUCCAUCCAGAGCAACGGUUCUGCUGGGAACUGAUGCAGUGCUGGAAUGUUCCGCUUCUGGAUACCCAACACCGAGCAUCCAGUGGAGGAGAGGAGAGGAACUCAUCCAGAGCUGGAAUAAGAAGUACUCUCUGCUGGUGGGCAGUAAUCUGAUCAUCAGGAGUGUCACUGACGACGACUCUGGCAGUUACAGCUGUACAGCCUCCAACAAGAACCACAACAUCACCGCACACACGGAGCUGAGUGUACUAGUGCCUCCUCAGUUCCUGAACUACCCGACCAACACGUACGCCUACGAGUCCACGGACAUCGAGCUGGAGUGCGCUGUGACAGGAAACCCGCCACCAACUGUCCGCUGGAUGAAGAACGGAGAGGAAGUCAUCCCCAGCGACUACUUCCAGAUAGUGGACGGCAGUAACCUGCAGAUUUUGGGUCUGGUGAAGUCGGAUGAAGGAUUUUAUCAGUGUGUGGCUGAAAACUCAGCCGGAAGCUCACAGGCGAUGGCUCAGCUGCUUCUCCGAGAGCCAGUGUCCCCCAGCCCAGGCGUUGCCCUCCCCUCUGCCCCCCGCGACCUGGUCCCUGUCCUAGUGUCCAGCCGAUUUGUCCGACUCAGCUGGCGCCCCCCUGAGGAGACCGGAGGAGCUGUGCAGACCUAUGGCAUUUAUUACUCCCAGGACGGAGUCGAGAGGGAGCGGUCGGUGAACGUGUCGGAGCCCGAGUCUCUGGAGCUGACCGUGUCGAACCUGAAACCAGAGGAGAGCUACAGCUUCAGAGUCAUCGCUUACAACGACAUGGGGCCAGGAGAGAGCUCCGCCCCCCUGAGGAUCACCACCAAACCUGACCUCCAGGUUCCCAACAGGGUGGAGUCUCUCCAAGCUGAGGCUCUGUCUCCCACCUCGGUCCAGGUGAGCUGGGAGCCUCCCAGCCAACCAAACGGCCCGGUGCUGGGCUACAGACUGCUGUGGACCGAGAGCCCGUCCGGCAAGGAACAGAGUGUUGAGGUGAACGGACUCAACUACAAGAUGGAGGGACUUAAUAAGUUCACAGAGUACACAGUUCGAGUUUUGGCGAUCAACCGCUACGGACCAGGGACCGCACCAGAGACCGUUAGCGUCACCACCCAAUCAGACGUACCCAGCGCUCCUCCACAGAACAUCACCUUAGAGGUUGUCCUAUCCAGGAGCAUCAAGGUGUCGUGGCAGCCGCCUCCGCGCAGUGCUCAGAAUGGACUCAUCUCUGCCUACAAGAUCAAAUACAGGAAGACGGGCCGCCGGGGAGACCAGGAGGCCAUCGAACCCAACAACUUCUGGUACCUGUUCACAGGUCUGGAGAAAGGCAGUCAGUACAGUUUCCAGGUAGCAGCCAUGACAGCCAACGGAACAGGGCCGGCCAGUGACUGGUAUACUGCUGAGACGCCGGAGAACGACCUGGACGAGAGUCAGGUGCCCGACCAGCCGAGCUCUCUGCACGUCAGGCCGCUGCCCAACAGCAUCAUCAUGUCCUGGACUCCACCACUCAGCCCAAACAUCCUCGUGCGAGGUUACAUCAUCGGAUACGGAGUGGGGAGUCCCUACGCCGAGACGGUCCGGGUGGACAGCAAGCAGAGAUACUACUCCAUCGAAAACCUAGAGCCAAGCUCACACUACGUGAUUUCCCUGAAGGCGUUCAAUAACGCCGGCGAAGGAGUCCCUCUGUAUGAGAGCGCUGUCACUCGAUCUCUGACAGACCCCAUUGACCCAUCUGAGGAUGACCUCUUCCAUCUCUUUGAUAAAUACCCCACUCCCAUGCCAGACACCAGCACUCCCAUGAUCCCCCCGGUGGGGGUCCAAGCCGUGGCUCUGUCCUCAGACUCAGUCCGUGUCUCCUGGGCUGACAACUCCAUGACCAAGAACCAGAAGGCGUCUGAGGUCCGGUACUACUCCGUCAAAUGGAAGACCAGCUACUCCACCAGCGGAAAGUACAAGUCUGCAGACACCACGGCACUCAGCCACACCGUCACCGGCCUCAAACCAAACACCAUGUAUGAGUUUGCUGUCAUGGUAACAAAAGGUCGCAAGUCCAGCACCUGGAGUAUGACGGCGCACGCCACAACAUAUGAAGCAGCUCCAAGCUCCGCCCCCAAAGAUUUGACGGUGAUAAGUCGCGAGGGACGACCCCGCGCCAUUUUAAUCAGUUGGCAACCGCCAAUGGAGGCUAACGGACGAAUCACAGGUUACAUCCUAUACUACACGCUGGAUAAGAACAUGCCAAUAGAUGAUUGGGUGAUGGAGGCGAUCACUGGCGACCGCCUCACCCACCAGGUGGUGGAUCUGAACCUCGACACCGUUUAUUACUUCAGGAUUCAGGCCAAGAACGCCAAAGGAGUCGGCCCGCUGUCUGAGCCCGUCCACUUCAGGACCGCAAAAGUGGAGCAUCCAGACAAGAUGGCCAAUGAUCAAGGUCGAGGGGGAGACCAUGCCUACUGGCCGUCUGACACCAAUCUAAUUGAUAGGAGCAGCAUUAACGAGUCUCCAAUUGGUCAAAUGCGUCCACCUCAUGGCAGUGCAACACCUCAGAAGAACAGUAACCUCCUGGUCAUCAUUGUGGUCUCCGUGGGAGCCGUCACCGUGGUUGUGGUCGUCAUCGUGGCGCUGAUCUGCACGCGGCGCUCCUCCGCCCAGCAGAGGAAGAAGCGAGCGAGCCACAGUGCCAGCAAGAGGAAGGGCAGCCAGAAGGACUUACGACCUCCGGACCUUUGGAUCCAUCAUGAGGAGAUGGAGAUGAAGAACAUGGAGAAAGCUCCCAGUGUCGCCCCAUCCGGACAUGAUUCGCCAAUCCAGUCCUGUCAGGACCUCCCACAGGUGGCACACAGCCAAUCAGAAAGCCAGAUAGGCAGCAAGAGCAGCCACUCAGGAGCUGACGGUGACGAGGCAUCCAGCAGCAUCUCCACGCUGGAGCGCUCCCUGGCUGCCAGGAGGGGGACAAGAGGCAAAAUGAUGAUUCCUAUGGACUCGCAGCCGAGCAACACACCGGUGGUCAGUGCAAUCCCGGUGCCAGCUCUGGACUCCUCUCAGUAUCCUGGGAUCCUGCCUUCACCUUCCUGCGGCUUCACUCACAACAAGUUCAGCCUCAGACCCAUGCCUUUCCCGAGUCUGACUGUGGACAGAGGAUACACACCAGCAAUGCCUUCGGACACCUCAACCAACCCUCUCCUCCAGCAGCAGCCUCCACCCCAGCAGGCCGCUCCGCUCCUUCCCGGCACCUCCGCUCCGCCUGGGGAGCAUGUUCCAGGUGUUGGCCCAAUCCCAGGGGCCCCUGCUACAGCCGCCGCUGACGAGGCCCAGGCUGGCAGCGGGCGGACCAUCCCAACAGCGUGUGUGCGGCCCACUCACCCGCUACGAAGCUUCACCAACCCACUACUGCCACCACCCAUGGGGACCAUUGACCCCAAAGUGUACACCUCCAUGAUGCCGCAGUCCAGUGCGAGCCUUCCGAAGCCCCAGGUGAAGACAGCCUCUCUGGGUCAGGCCGGUAAGGCUCGCUCGCCUCUGCUGCCCGUCUCAGUCCCUACAGCGCCAGACUUACCGGAGGAGGGAGGAACAAAACCUGCAGAGGAUUCAGCUGCCAACGUUUAUGAGCAGGAUGACCUUUCGGAGCAGAUGGCCAGUCUAGAAGGUCUGAUGAAGCAGCUCAACGCCAUUACUGGCUCCGCCUUCUAACCUAUGUUACCAGUCCAGCCCAGCCCUCAGCCAUGACCCAGUCCGGAACCCUUCUUCAAGCCUCGAUGGUACCUGUUGUCCAUAUGAUAAGGGUGGCAUCAGGUCAAUUUGGGUUUGAAGAUGCCUCUGUGGAAUCAGACCUCCAUCUGUGCUUGGUUGAGUUUGUUUGGUUUCUGCUGGUAUCGGCAAGUGUCUACUGUUUGGGACCGGGUUAGGAUAGAAGGGAAUCAAACAGAGGACAAACACUACAGCAGCACAGCAUCAACUCCAAGAACAGGAUGAGAGUGGAGUGGGCUCUUUAGGAGUUCAAACUGAAACCCCUCUAGACUCUUCAACCUCAAACACAAAACUAGAAAAACCCAAUGCCUAGCGCCUCGGCUUAAUGACACAGGAUGAUGGGAUUGUCACAAAAAAGAAGACAAAGUUAUAAGAUCCCUCCUGUUUCUCUUUGUGGUAUUUAUUAGCGUCCUCUUCCGCUGAGUUAUCCACAACUCAGUUACUGUGACUGUACCUCACUUAUUUUUCAUAAUCACUGUUGGAAGUGUUCCUUUUGUCUUUUAUUUUCUGUUUGGGUAUUCCAACUUUGUGCAGUUACAGGAUGUGUAUAGGGUUUGAAAAUGCCACCAGAACCUACAGUGACAUAUAGAAAACACAUCCUCAGCCACCAAAGUUUCACCAAAACAUUCUUUUUUUCACCUGGAUCCGUGGUCACCUGUUUUGGUGACGCAAGGUUAUCCUCUCUGGCAUUUCUCGCCAAUGUUUUUUUCUCUGUUUUUUUUUCUCCCUGGAACAAAACAGUUUGAUUUCACUGAAUCAACCAUCAUCCAUAUUCACUGCUGCCCUUCAGCCUCUGGAUUCUUAGUUUUAAAAAAGGGAUUAAAAAUGUGAUUUGGCUGGAUAGGAACAAGUAUGACAACCUGCCUGGAACGCAUCCAGCCGACUCUACUCGUACAGGACUGUAUAGAAACCUCUAUAGACUCCCACAGUCUGUUGCUGCUCUUGACCAAGCCUUUACUCUCCCUAACCCAGACAAACUCCAAUCUUUACCUAAAAGGACUCGUGUCGUUGCCAAAUUUUCAUCUUGGAAAACUUAUUGUAACCUUUUUUGUUUUUGCUCCUUGUUCAAGUCUGUCUCAGUCCCAACUUAGGACUGGGCAUCAGUGAAAAGCAGUAAACUGAGCCAUGUGGAACAAAUGCUAUUGGAAAUCUGGAUUUGGAUUGGUUGGAGCCAUCCUAUUCUGGACAAAUGAAGGUUGGCUUUGGAUGGUAUGUAGUGAUAUUUCCUUUCGAGAAAUAUGUUCAAAUUUGGUCUUAACACCUCAUUCACAAUUUGUCAUGUUGUUCUGUAUGUAUGUCACAUUGAGUGAAUUGAGUUAUCCCCUGCUGAUUGGAGUACUAAAGAUUGAUUACAGUAAAAUGGAAAAAAGUUAGGUAAAGACUGCAUUCCUGCAACUCAAUCAUCAGAAAAAAAUGUUGCCAUUGCAAAUUUCUGCAGACCACAUUUCUACGUCAUUUUGUAGCAGAUACACGGAAACUUUUUUUCAACAACUCUGGCAAAUGUCUGGUUAGAAUUAGGUCCAAAAACCACACAGCUUUCGUUAGGAAAAUAUCAAAUGUCGGCCCAAAAUACCCUCAUUUGGCAGCACAAAAGCUGCUGAAAAAGCAAGCACAGGUCUGUGAAAAACACCAAGGUUUAGUGCCACAAACGCUGGUGGAAAUGACCCAAAUGGUCUGUUUGUUGGUCUCAAACAGUGGUUUUCAGUAUGGCAGCCACCUCACCUAAAAUCAGCUUAUAUACUACAUCAGUUUUCAAAUGUUCAAAUGUAACUUA